AUGUUCUCCAAACUCAUCUUGGUGUUCGCCAUUUCCGGUGCAGCUUUCUGCUUUGCACCAGAUCGAUACGCUCUCGAACAAGCCAGAAUUUUCGAGAAGGCUUUCGAUGAUGCCUAUCGUCGUGAUGGUGUUGCUGGAGUUGCGAUCUAUUUCACCAAGGAUUUCCAAUCGACUCGAAUUGAUGGACUCCAGAGAAAUAAGAGUGAGUUACUUAAACAGAGAAACUCUUUCUAUCAAAAUUUAAAUUUCAGCCGAAUAUUUGGACUACUUGUUGAGUGUCAAUGUUCAAGACAUCUUCUUCCAUCCUUCGAUUCAAGCCUCAUUCGAUGUUCACACCAGAAAUCUUCUUGUUAGCUAUCAUCACGAAGAAGUUUUGUAUGUUUUCACUUUGAAACCAAAUCGUGCGCUCAUUGGAGGUUAUCAAAUCAAGAGCAUUGCACCAGCCUUUUGAUUCGGGGGGCUUUUGAAAUAAAUUUGAAUUAUGCAUUUUUCCUAAAAAUGUUUGUCCAGUGUGAAAAAAUUUUAAAAAUUUCGCGGGCAAUAAGGUUCGAACCUUGGUGUCAUGCACGCCAGUCUAAAAUGCUAUCCACUCGGCCACAUCUCUCUUUUCUGCGAGAGGGAAAAUGUUGGUGGAGAGAAAACUGAACCGAAUGCGGCUCAAAAUUUGAAGUUAGGAUAACUUUUUUCACAUGCAAAAUCACAAAAUAAUUUCAGCUGUUUUUCAAAGAACAUUCGAAAUUUCAAGCAGGUGUAAAAUUUCAGAACUCAGCUUCUCACAAUCAAUACAGAACUCUUUUGAUGCAAAUCUACCAUCUUAUUUGCGGUAUUUAUUACCUUUCGCUUGUCAUAAUAUUCCUCCCGUUAUACAUAAAAGUCCAGGAAAAAUGCAGAGUUUAUCGAUUUUUCAACUAUCUUUUCAUAGCUCACAUUUGUUUGAACAUGAUACAUUCGUCAAGAAUGUUUGCACUGUCUUUCGAAAUACGCGGAGGAUUUUUUAUAUUCAAUGUUAUCGGUCUUUGUGACACGUUGUUGGUUUAUUUUUUGUGUCAUUUUUUCAUUUAUGCAUGGACUUUUCUUGCCGCAUUUAUGAAUAUUGAAUUAUGGUUCAAGGUUCCGAGAUUCUACAAAACCUUCAAUAUUUUCUCUAUUGUUAUUUGUUGUUCUAUAGUUUACACGUUAACAUUGUCAUAUAUAUCUGUGGGAAUUUCGAGAAAGUAUAACGAUUUGAUUUAUUUUAAUGUGAAUUACAUUGACACUAUAUUUCUUUUGAUUAUCGCAAUUUCAACUUUUCGAAAACUUUCAUCAGGAAUUUUUGAAAGGAAAUUGGUUCAUGUAUUUUUGAUUGUUAUUAUCAGAGUGGUAAGUGAUAUUAUAUAAAGGGGUUGUCUUUCUACGAGGCCCGUUUAGCUAAAUAGUUAGGGCUAAGAAAGUGCGCUCUAUCGCACACAUUAUUUAUUUGUGUGUACUUCUCUCGGAGUUCGCACCCAAACAUUUCAUUUGGGGUGUAAGUUAAUGCUAGUUAGUUAAAAAUAGUGACGCACCACGGCCUUUUACAGGGUAAAUCGAGAGAGACACAGAGAAAACGAGAAAAAAUCUUCAAAAAGAAAUCCAAAACACGAAAUUCAAAAAUAUUUGAUAUAUCGUUUCGAAACCAAACGCGGGAAAGGUUUUUGAAUUCGAAAAAAUUUGAAAAACAUGUUUCCCGCGCUUGGUCUCGCAACGAGCAGCCGGACUGCAAAUGCAUUUGGUGUUCCGUAUUUCGAUUGGAAGGUUUUGUUUUUCUUUCUCUGUGUCUCUCUCGAAUUGCAAUUUUCCCAAUUUCUGAAAGGCCGUGGCACAAUUGCGGACUUGCUUUUUCACGAACAAGGACAACCCCUUUAAUUUUCAUAAAUACCUUCAGACCUCAACCCUGAUCUCAAUAAUGGCAAUCGGAUGUUUGAUCAAUAAUGAAUCUAUUGAAGCUCAUGUCAAUUUCCAAAAUGAUUUCACUUAUCCAUUAUUGCCUGUCACUUUUGUCUUAUCGUUUUAUUUGAGCUCUGAUGGACAAAAAGAGCCGGAGAGACAUACGAGUUUGUGAGUUUAGUGUAAAAUAAAUACACAAAAAGAAGGUUCUUAGAACUUUUAUUUCAGAGGAUCGGUACUUCCGAAGCUGGAUAAUUGA